AUGGCUUUUUCUUUUGACCUAGCCGUCAUCAUCCAACGGGAGAGGAGAAGGAAGGUAAUUAGAAGACGACGAAGAGAAGAAAUAUGCAAGAACCACCACGAAGCUACUCGAGAGGAGAUUCCUUUUGAUCUCGCGAUAGAGAUUCUCACGAGGCUGCCUCCUAAAUCCCUUAUGAGAUUCAAAUCAGUCUCAGAGCUCUGGUCAUCCCUUAUUCGUUCCCAAUAUUUCACCAACCGUUUCCUAAAAGCUUCAUCAUCGCCGCCACGCCUAUAUAUGUGGCUGGGAUUCGAGAACAGCGAAGUAUUUCUAUCAUCGUCGGCUUCUCAUUCUCCUGCCUCGGACGGUACUACAAUGGCUUCCUUUGUAGUUGACCAGGAUUGGAAAAUCUCAGCGGUGGAAGACUACACCGCCUCUCAUGUUUACCGCGGUUUGAUGUGCUUUACAAGUGGCCCAAGUGCGAAGAUAUAUAACAUUACCACUAGGCAACUUGUCGUCUUACCCGACAUAGAAGGAUCCAACAUCAUACCUAGAGAUCCCGAGAUGAUCAUGUAUCAAAUAGGACACGACCCCGUUCAUGAUCGAUAUAAAGUUGUUUGCACAGUUUCAAGACGCGGCGACAGAGCUGGAGGGUUCUUAACGUUCCUGUCAGAGAGUUGGAUCUUGCCACUAGGAGGAGGAGAUGGAUCAAGUCGAUGGAGAAAGAUUCCAAGCCGAUGUCCACCGCAUCUUCCUACAACACAAGGGCUGACUAUCAAUGGGCGUGUGCAUUACCUCGCUUGGGGUAAAGUGCCUUAUCAGGUGCUUGUCACUAUCGAUAUUCAUUCUGAAGAAAUCAGUAUCCUCGAAGUACCUCACUUUAUACCAUUCUUUAAUAAGACUGGUCUUAUAGAACACGGUGGAAGAGUAGCUCUUUUACACCAUUGGGAUCUUAAAGACAAAUGUGAGAUGGAACUAUGGGUUAUGGAAGAUGAAGAGAAGAAUACGUGGUCAAAGAAGACUCUGGUGUUGCACCCUUCUCAAAUGCAUAUGGUCUGUACAACCACAAACGGUGAGGUUAUCUUCGUGCCUGACAAAAGAACUUUUUCUUCUGGUGCGGGAAAGCAUAUGUUUAAACCUCAAAAGACAACGUCUUUCUACGUUUUUCUUUACAAUCUACAAAAGAAUCAUAUGACUAAAGUUGAUAUUAUAGAAUCAUCAAACCGCUGUCAUACCCAAACUUGGGACGUUAUUGGAUUUGAUGAUACUGAGAACUUAAUGUAUCUCUGA